AUGGCGUCCGUAUCGAAACGCCUCGAAGGCAAGACCGUUCUCAUCACCGGCGCUUCCUCCGGCAUUGGACGCUCCACAGCUCUCGAAUUCGCACGUACCUCCCCCCAGAAUCUCAGAUUGAUCCUUACAGCACGCCGAAUCGACCGUCUGCAGGAGCUCGCGACCAGUAUUACAAAGGAAUUCCCCGGAGUCAAGGUCCAUCCAGUACAGCUCGAUGUCAGCAACCCAGAGGAAGUGCGAGGACUAGUGAACAGCCUCCCUGCUGAAUUCAAAGAAGUCGAUGUCCUGGUUAACAAUGCCGGCCUCGUCAAAGGCGUAGCCAAAGCCCCCGAAAUCGCAGAGGAAGACAUCAACGUCAUGUUCGCGACAAACGUAACGGGCCUGAUCAACAUAACCCAAGCGAUCCUACCCAGUAUGCUAAAGCGCAACAACGGCGAGGGCUCUGGAGAUAUCAUCAACAUCGGCUCCAUUGCCGGACGAGAGCCGUACCCUGGCGGCGGGAUAUACUGUGCCACCAAGGCUGCCGUACGAUCCUUCACAGAGGCGCUGCGCAAGGAGCUGAUAUCGAAGCGAGUCAGGGUUAUCACGAUUGAUCCUGGACAGGUGGAGACUGAGUUCUCGGUUGUCAGGUUCUCUGGGGAUAAGAGUAAGGCGGAUGCUGUUUAUGCCGGCUGCGAGCCAUUGACGCCGGAUGAUAUUGCAGAGGUUAUUGUGUUUACUGCUGGGAGGAGGGAGAAUGUGGUUGUUGCGGACACUCUGCUGUUCCCUAACCACCAGGCCAGUGCUACGAUCAUGCAUCGGAGGGGUUGA